CGUCAUUGCCAUGAGACCUUCACGAGUAAGAUUAGUUUCCGUAUACAUCAGCGUAAACACACUGAGGAAGCUCGGAGAAGAGGCACUCUAGAUGGCGAAGAGCCACUUAGACCAGUUUUGCAGGAAAAGAAGCCACAGCCACGGAAAAUUCUAACACGGAAGAGGAGGAGCCCUUUGGGAGAGGUCCAGAACGACUUUUAACGCUGGCCUCAUCAGAUUGGUCAGACCAGCAGAAGGACAGUGUUCCCCAUGAUGAAAACAGACAGCAGCUCACUCGUAACACAGUAGUAGCUGUCAAAGCACUCCUGAAUGCAACAAAGGAAGAGAGAAGUAAAAGAGGAAAAUAUAUUAAAUAUACACCAGAAUUACGUGAUGAAAUAGCCCAGUAUGCGCUUACACAUGGAAAUCACGAAGCUACAGUCUAUUGGUCGCACAGACUUGGUGGUACAGUGAGUGAAAGUACAAUCAGAAACUUCAUUAAGACCUACAAAAGCUAUACUCCAGAAGUGAAAGAAGAAAUAGGAAAAUUUGCUUUUCAGUAUGGUGUAGAAGGAGCAUCAAGACAUUUUUCUGAGAAAUUAGGUCAUGAAGUUAGAAAAGGCAUUGUAAGAAAAUUUAAAAAGAAUUACUUAAAGAAAUUUCCGGAGAUGGAUGACAUAACUAGUGAUCUUCAGGUUGGUACCAGUGGAAGACGAGUGAAUUUAACCGGAACAUCUGCAAGGCAAAAGAGGUCAUUUUCUCUUCAAAUGAAAGAUGAGAUUGGAAGAUAUGCAACCCAGUUUGGUAUCACUGCUGCAAUACAACAUUAUUCUGAAAAACUUCAGUUCCCAGUGAAAGAGUCAACAGUGCGAAAAUUUAAAAAACAGUUUGUAGACCGUGGCAAUGUUAGUAAUACUGUUAGUGCUGGAAAUACUGGGGAAAACACAGGGGUUGUGGGUACAGGCACUGUUUUAACAGAUCAGCAGGCAGCAGCUCCUCAGACUAUUGAUGUCUUACACCCAUCCCUCUCUGUACUCAAUGCACCAGCUGUGUCAGGGACAGUAAAUGUAAGCACAGCUAAUAAUUUUGUAUACCAGCAUCCCUAUCACCUCAAUAUGACCCCAGGGCCACAAACGAAUACAGUACUUCCAAUGAACCAUAAUUCUUUAGCAUUCCAUCAAGGCAGUGUAAUCAACCAGGGUAUGACAGCUUCCCUUUCAUAUCAGCAACCAGGAACUGCUCCUGCUUCCUCUGUAAUUAUGAACCAGAGUUUCACUCAUCAAGCUCCAACAGGCUUCCAGCAGGGUUAUGUGGGUGGUUUUGCCCAAGGCGGAGGUACAGGUGGCUCUGUAACUCAUGGAGGGCAGAUAGCCCCCCUGGCUGUGACACAUACUAGUGUAGCUGCAACCAGCAUGGCACAUUCUCCAUUACCACUUACCAUGAGUGGGGCUCCAGCCACACAUUUGUCUCAACUAGCUCAUCACACAGUGGGUCCUCCCAUUAGCCAGGCCCACCUAACACAGGCGCCUGCAGUGCCACACACAGUUACUAAUGGAGGUCAGCAUCCCACCCAUCACCAGCUCAUAACAACAUCAUUCCAUCAACCCCUAAGUGGGUCAUUAAACUUUGAGGGAACUCUUCAUGCACAUACACAAGCUAGUUUAAACAAUGAACCCAUCAGCCUCAUGAAAGAAACACAUGACCAAGGUGCUGGAGUCAGCUUAGGAGGUCAAGGAGAUGACAGCCUUCAUGGAUCUGCUGCAGCUGAAGCUACUGCCACACAGCAGAGCUUAGCACACAUGGGUGAACAAGCAGCACCAUCAGAUGCUCCAGAUUCAAUUUUGGGUUUGGAGACUGAGGAUGAAUAUAGUGAUCCACCCACACCAAAGAAGAAGAAAUCGAGGAGUAGCAUUAAGGUGAAAAAGGAGGUCAUUGGGUUAAGUAAGAGAGGAAAUUAUGCCUCCUACAGUCCAGAGCUCCGUGCAGAAAUUGGAAGAUAUGCUGUAGAGCAUGGCAAUUUGGCGGCAGUACAGCAUUUUAAAGAAAAAUUAGGGUUUGAGAUACCAGAGAGUACAGUAAGAGGCCUAAAGGACAAAUAUUUAAUAAAAAGAGUGAGAGGAAAAAAGGAAGUUAUUUCAAUAGGCUUUGCACAGAGGGGAAGACCAAUGAGAUUAGGAAAAUAUGAUGAAAUUGUCCAAGACUGCAUCAGAGAGCUGGUCAAAGAUGGAGAAAAGGUAUCAUCAUUCCUUGCAAUUGCCACCGCCAAACAAGUGCUUAUGCAAUAUGAUCCCAACUUAUUAGAAGAGAAUGGAGGACCUGUCAAGUUGAAUCCUACAUGGGCUAAAAGUUUCCUGAAGCGCAUUGGACUGCACCAGCUAGCUUAAGAUAAAGCCCUUCUUAGUUUUGGCAAUAAGUGCAGUAGUUCUUACAACAGGAAAUGCAGAAAAAGAAGCAAAAGAAGUUCAUUUUCUAGUGGGAUAUCACAUCAUAGCCUUUUCUUCAGGAUGCAAACAUUUAGGAUUAUGAAAAAAAAAAAAACUGACAGAGACUACCUCUUGAUACUACCUCUUCUUUGAAGUGCACAAGAUUGGUUGUAAAAAUUAUAUGGUAAGCAUUUUUUUUGCAUUCCUUAUGUUUUAUUUGCACACAAUUUUAAGAAAUCUCAGGAGCUGCUAAUUAGAACCUGAUCUCAGUUUGGAAAAGCCACAGUAUGUGGACAUAUUACGGGUUAACAGAGAUCUGUUAUCAUGCCAUGUUAAAUUAUUUGAUCGUUUUAUAAUCUUCAUUUGGCUGCUAUUAGUGGAUCACAAACAGAAAGAAUAUAUUCAGGCAUUGUUUUAAAUGCAGUGGAUGAUAAAGAAAUGUAUAGCUUUUGUCAUAUCCUUCGGACCUUGGUCUUGCUGUGCACACUCAUCUUGAGAAGACUAUGUGACGAGGUACAGUAUGCCUUUCAAUAAUCUGUGGCAGUCGGUGUAAUCCGUUCUGUAUUUUGCAAGGUCAUGGUUAUUAUAUUUUUCAUAUAGGAAAUAGUAACAUAGUUACACAUUUUGGACAGUAAAUAGAAAAUUGUAUUUUAAUCAUAAGUUUUUAUGAUUGUAUUUUAAUCAUACUUUAUAUAACAUCACACCACAUCUUGGCAUGUGUAAUUUUACGUCAUAUAAUGAUUAUGGUUGCAAUGAGCAGCUGCUGCUCAAGUGAUAUGUUGGUUCAUAUGUAAAUUAAAGAUUAUACAAUAAUGUUAAAGAUACUGAAGAA